AUGAUCUCGCCUGCAUGCUCACCGCUCCGUCUGUCGAGGCAAGCGAAGGUCUUGUCUCGAUGCCGAUACUUUAGUUCCGCACGUCCGAUGCGGAGGGAAAUCCAAGAUGCCUACAUUCUCAGCGCCGCCAGAACGCCGACAGCUAAGUUCAACGGCUCGUUCGCAUCCGUCUCCGCCCCAGAACUCGGCGCGGUCGCAAUCAAGUCCGCGGUCGACAAAUCCAAGAUCCCCGUCGAGAAAAUCACCGAUGUCUACAUGGGUAAUGUGCUACAGGGCGCGGUCGGCCAAGCACCCGCUCGUCAAGCGUCAAUCUUUGCCGGCUUAUCACCAACCGUCGAGGCAAUCACCGUCAACAAGGUGUGCGCUUCGGGCUUGAAGGCGGUUGUCCUGGCAGCCCAGAACAUUCAACUGGGGCUCGCAGAGGCCCAGAUUGCCGGUGGAAUGGAAAACAUGACCCGAGUACCAUAUUACCUUCCCCGAUCAAGCCAGCUGCCUCCGUUUGGGGAGGUCAAAUUGGAGGACGGGCUGAUCAAGGAUGGGCUCUGGGAUGUGUAUAACAAAUUCCACAUGGGAAUCUGUGCCGAGCACACCGCAAAGAAGUAUGAAGUCUCGCGCGAAGAACAGGACCAAUAUGCUAUUCAGUCCUACGAACGGGCCCAGCAAGCGUGGAAGGAAGGCCGCUUCGAGGAGGAGGUUGUCCCCGUGACCGUCAAGGGAAAGAAGGGAGACACGGUUAUUUCUCGGGACGAAGGAUAUGAGAACUUGCGUGCCGACAAGCUAACUACGUUGAAGCCCGCAUUCUUGCGGGAUGGCACCGGCACAGUCACAGCUGGGAAUGCCUCGACUAUGAAUGAUGGUGCUUCGGCUCUUGUCCUGGGUGACAAGAACCUGGCCCGGGAAUUUGGAAAGGGAGGUCGUGUUCUGGCGCGGAUUGUCUCGUCGGCGGAUGCUGCGAUUGACCCAGUUGACUUUCCUGUCGCGCCCGCCAAGGCUGUUCCGAUUGCGCUUGAGCGUGCGGGCAUCACGAAGGACCAGGUUGCCGUUUGGGAGUUCAACGAAGCAUUCGCCGCCGUCAUCAAGGCCAACGAAAAGAUUCUCGGACUGCAGAAUGCAACAGUCAAUGCUCUAGGCGGUGCCAUUUCCUUGGGCCAUGCUCUUGGAAGCUCUGGAUCUCGCAUCCUGGUCACUUUACUGCACCAAUUGCAGCCUGGUCAGUAUGGCGUCGCUGCAAUUUGCAACGGCGGCGGCGCUGCGACCGCGAUGGUGGUUCAAAAGCUUGACCGUGUAGAUUAA